AUGUCGUCGUCCGCAGAACCGGACCAAGCCGCCCAGCUGCAGGACCUGAUACACCAACUCACCGACGCUGCCAAAGCCUGCGACUACUCGCCAGGCAGCAAGGGCUACAUUUCCAGGACCAAUGUCGCUGCCAUCGCCAAGGACAUUGUCCGUCUCGUGAUGGCACCGUCGGACAUGUCAAUGCACCACUCGGUCAAUAUGCUGGAGAUUGUCUGUCUGCGAACCUUGAUGGGGCUGGGCGUGCUCGAAAAGAUACCUGUAGAUGGCUCCAUCUCGCUGGCUGAGCUGUCAAAAGUUACAGGUGUCCAGGAUUCACUGCUAGAACGACAACUUCGAUUGCUUGUGGGCACCAAAUUCCUCGAGCAAACCCCUUAUGAUGAAUAUGCGCACACCAAGUUCUCUAGAGCAUACAUCCAGGUCCCGGGCCCAGGCAACUUCUUCCAGUUUAUGAACGACGAAUGCCUGUCCACGCUGGUCCAUCUCCACAGCUACGUGAAAGAACGAGCGGCCCAGGAUGGCAAGCCCGUGCAAGAACCCGAUGAUCCUCUACGCAACCCAUACACCCAUCGCCAUGGCAUGGAUGGACACCCUGUGUGGGAGAUAAUGGCACAGUUUCCCGAUCGUCUUCGCGCGUUCCAACUGGGCUUCAUGUCUCAAGAGGAUUCUGUCCCGAUCAUUGGUUUCUACGACUUCUCUGCCCUCUACGAUCCGGAACACGACGGGGACAGAGCCACCCUGGUCGACGUCGGCGGCGGCCAGGGCCAAUCCAUCCUCCAAAUCCUCACGGCCUUCCCAACCCUCCGCCCAGACCGCAUGGUUCUUCAAGACCUGCCCGAACCUAUCGCGCAGGGCAAAGACUCUAAACUACUCCCCGAGGGCGUUACCGCCAUGGUGCAUGACUUCUGGACACCACAGCCCGUCAAGGGCGCCAAGGCGUACUUCCUCCGCCGCGUGAUGCAUGACUACUCGGACGAAAACUGCGUCAAGAUCCUCUCGCAUCUGCGCGCUGCCAUGAGUCCGGACAGCAAAGUCCUUAUCGCCGACAUGGUCAUGCCCAAGCGCGUGCAUGAAGCCGACCUGCCCGCGGCAGCCAUGGACAACUGCGUAAUGGUCAUGGGCGGGAAGGAGAGGACUGCUGACGGAUUCAACAAGGUCCUGGAAGAUGCCGGGUUGAAGAUGGUCAAGAUCUGGCACAGUCGCGAGGGCGGCGCGACGGGAAACAUCGUUGAGGCCAUGUUGCCAGCGGCAACCUCCUAG